UUGAUUUAAAGUUUGUUUUAUGUUUCAAUGUGUUUUAAAAGAUUAAAAGUUUUGGAAUUUUGGUUAAUUUGAUGAUCAAGUCAUUUUCAGUUGAUGGAUUCCAGCUGUUUCAAGCUUCAUUUUUUUUUCUGUCUUUCAAUCUUUUAUAUUCCUGGCAUUGCGGGUAAGUUGGAGAAACAAAGCUUCCCAUAUGUGCUGAGAGGACCAUCUGAAUCACUUUUGCUUUAGCUGGGGUGGGGAGUUAUCAAGCUUUUAACCUGUUUGAUUGAUAUCUUCGAAUUGGAAAGCAUUCAAUUGUCUUGAUCUGUUCUUGGUCGCGUCUGGGAUUUAUUGAAUCCAAAUCACGGUUUUGGCAAGUAGAUGGUUUAGGUUCUAUAUAGGAAGGCUUGGCUUGAUUGCUUGAGAAGUUAGUUGGUGUUAAGUCGAAUACUUGAUUGAUUUUGUUCUGUUCGUUGUGUAUUGAUAUGGAAGAAUUUCGAUCUGCCAUCCCAACAAAUGAAGGAGAUCUUCAUGUUGUUGCUGCUGCUCAUCAUAUUGUCAAGGCACUAGGAACAACUAAGAAUCUUAGUGAUGAUUUGAGGAAAAUCCUUAUCGAUCUUGAUGCCCAUUUGUCGAAGAUAACUUCGAAUAUAGACAUCAAGGGAGGAACGGGAUUUGUUGAUGUUGAGGAGCGACUCAAACAAGCAGAGAGAAAGAUUGUGAGUUGGGAAUCGGAUCGAAUGAUGAUAUGGGAUUCUGGACCAAGUAAAGCUUCCGAGUAUCUAGAAGCUGUGGAUGAAAUUCAGACACUGAUUGACGGUUUACAAGGCUUAUCUGUGAAAGGAAAUAGGAAGCAGAAGGAACUUCUUCAACAUGCAGAGAGUGUUUUGCAGAUGGCAAUGUCGAGGCUCGAGAAAGAGCUUAUUCAUAUACUUGUUCAGCAUAGGCAACAGGUCGAGUCCAAAUACCUGUCUUCUCACUCUACUCGAAGGGGUGUUGUUUAUGAUGAGUCAUUUGUUUCAGUUGAGGAUGAACUAACUGAGGAAACAUCCUGCAGAAACUGCAGUAGCGAUGAAAGUGAUGAAUAUAUUGUAGAUUUGAUCCAUGCACAUGUAAUUCCUGAUAUCAAGUCCAUUGCAAAGGUUAUGUUUACUUCAGAUUAUCGUCAGGAAUUUUGCGAAUCUUUCAUUGGUGUACGGAAAGAAGCAUUGGAGCAGUAUCUUUCCAUUCUUGGAAUGGGAAAACUGAGCAUAGAGGAUGUGUUGAAAAUGGAGUGGACCAGCAUGAGUAGCAAGAUGAAUAAGUGGACUCGUUCAAUGAAGAUCAUCUUUAGGGUCUAUCUUGCUAGUGAAAAACGGUUAUGUAACCAGGUCUUAGGGGACUUUGGAUCUUUUAAUUUAUUUUGCUUUCUUGAGAUCUCAAAGGCAACGAUUCUUUGCCUCUUGAACUUUGGUGAAGCCAUAGCAAUGGGGCCUCAUCAACCUGAAAGGCUGCUUCGCUUGCUUGACAUGUAUGAGACUUUGACAGAUCUUCUCCUGGACAUAGAUGCAUUGUUCUCAGAUGAGGCUGGUUCUUCUGUUCGGAUUAAGUUCCGUGAGCUUCUGGAGAGAUUGGGUGAUUCUGCAACAGCAGCAUUCAAGGCAUUUGGAGUUGCUAUUUCUUCAAAUGAAUCGUUAUAUCCCUUCCCCGGAGGUUCAGUUCAUCCUCUCAAUAAAUAUGUCAUGAAUUACAUUGGGAUGUUCCCUGAAUAUUGCAACACCCUCAAUUUGCUUCUCAAGGACCAACAUGCAGAUGUUGCAAAUCCAGUUACUAAGCCAGAUUAUGGGCAGAACGUGUCUCUUUCCACUUGUCCAAUGGCUUGUCACCUUCGAUCAAUCACAAGUUCUUUGGAGUCCAGUCUUCAUAAGAAAUCAAAACUUUACAAGGAUGAGGCUUUACGGCAUAUUUUUUUGACGAACAACAUCCAUUACAUGGUUAAAAAGGUUAAGGGUUCUGAACUUAGACACUUCUUUGGAGAUGAAUGGAUUCGUAAGCAUAAUGCAAAGUUUCAGCAGCAUGCAAUGAACUAUGAGAGAGCAACUUGGAGUUCAGUCGUUUCUUUGCUCAAGGAUGAUAACCCAGGUUCAAGUUCAAUGUCAAAAUCCACUUUCAAAGAAAGGUGCAAGGGCUUUAGUGUUGCUUUUGAGGAGGUAUACAAAAGCCAGACAAGUUGGUGCAUCCCAGAUCCUCAGCUUCGUGAAGAUUUGCGAAUUUCAACUUCACUUAAAGUAGUCCAUGCAUAUCGAACAUUUCUCGGUAGAAACCCUACUCAUAUUGUUGACAAAUGUGUUAAAUAUACUGUAGAAGAUGUGGAAAAAUUGCUCUUGGACCUUUUUGAAGGGUCGCCAAGAUCAUUGCGCAAUUCGCGCAAAUGGUGAAAACUUAAGGUUUUAAGUUUCAGCCAUUUUUUUCCUUUCUCACUCUCUUCCUUUUUCAAUAAUCUCUUUUCCUGAUCCAGUCUUGAUUGUCAUAGAUGUAAAUAUGAUUGUAAUUAAAAUGUCAACUUUCAAAAUUUCUGUUUCUCCUGUUGUAAUACCCCACAAUUCGGUCUAUGAUUGCAUAAAAAUGGUUGUGCCUGUGUUUCUCUUGGCGUGAAAUAACAUGCUUAGCUAUCCUGCAAUUGUUAAUCAAUACUUUUCUGAUAAACUCAAUUCUAUGCGUAUGAUCCUGCUUAUUCUCUAGGUUCAUUAUUGUGUUAGGAUUGUUAUUGUUUCGAGGGUUGGCAGUAUUUUCCUGCUUAUGGUCUAAGAUGUGAGUAUCCUUUCUACAUAGUACAUAUACACGUCUGUAAGCCACAGAUUCUGAGACUGCCCUACUGUUCAUGACUGCUUUUAAAUUUAGCUGGGAUGCCAUUGAUGCCCCACUUAGUUGCCCCAGGUUUAAUGAAGAGUAAAAGCAGCUGAUGAUGCUGAUGAGCAUUUGAUCCAGAUUAAAACAGUUGAAAAAGAGGCAUGUUGUUUCCAUUGUUAAGAAAGGACAGUUGCAUUGAAAAUUGAAGGUAUUAAUGUGCAUGUGCGAAUGUAAGGGUUUGGUGUUAGGUGCAUCCUAAUGGAGUUUCCUUCCAGCCACAACAAACUUGUAGAAAGCACUUAAAUUUGCAUACGACUGUUAAAGGAUAACAGUUGCUUCUGCAUUUGAGAUGUGUAGGUGCAGUACAAUGGUGAUUACUUUUCCUCCUACGCUACUGCAAUCCCGUUAUGGAGUUUCUUAUUUUGCCUCUUACCAUCUUCACAAAUUAGAGAUCUAAUUAUAGUUUAUUCAUUGGGUUAUGCAACAUAUCUGAUUCUUGCUCUUUGGAUGAUUAUGAUUCAUAUUUAUGAUUCAUGAAAGGUCUACUUCUGAUAAUAAUGUAAACGUAUUUGAUCUGAUUUUAACAGUUUACUAUUUUCGUAAUCUGUAUAUUUAAUUAACGAAUCUUAAAAUAUUAUUUGUGAUUAUUUAUU